UAAGGAAAUGACGUGAAAAAACUCGGCGGUGUUCCUCGCAGAGGAGUUCUGUUAUUUCCGAGUUUUGAAGAAUCAGUCGUACGAGUUAUGCAGAGACGCACCUGACACAAUGGAUGAGGUAAUUGGGCAGGAGAGUGCAUUUUACGCCAAGGCAGAGGGCUACUGGAAACAAGUGCCUCCCACGGUGGAUGGUAUGCUAGGGGGCUAUGGCAGCAUCUCAAGCAUAGACAUAAACGGCUCUAAGAAGUUUCUGCAGAAGUUCCUUGGGGAGGGGCCGGGCAAGACAAACGCUGGGGUUGCCCUGGACUGUGGCGCUGGCAUUGGCCGCAUCACCAAGCGGCUCCUGUUGCCACUCUUCCGCACUGUGGACCUGGUGGACGUCACACAGGAGUUCCUGGACAAAGCCAAAGCCUCCCUGGGAGAGGAGGGCAAGAAGGUGGACAACUACUUCUGCUGUGGCCUCCAGGACUUCCAGCCUCAGGCCGGCCGCUACGACGUCAUCUGGAUCCAGUGGGUCAUAGGUCACCUUACAGACGAACACCUGGUGGAGUUCUUGCGUCGCUGCCAGGGUGGUCUACGGCCUGGCGGGCUGAUUGUCAUCAAGGACAAUGUGGCGUACGAUGGCGUGGUGCCCGACGAGGUGGACAGCAGCGUGUGCCGUGACCUGCCCCUGCUGCGGAGGCUGAUCAAGCAGGCAGGCCUGGGGAUCGUGUGCGAGGAACAGCAACUCAACUUCCCUGAGGAGAUCUACCAGGUGUGGACGCUAGCACUGAGAUAGGGCCAACCAGUCAGGUGGUGAUGAUGAUGACGACGACGACGACAACAUCAAUAUAAACUGAGAUUGUGCCAUGCAUGCCUGCAUGUCAGGUGAUGGUUGUGUCCUGUACGUUUCUAGGUGUGGGUUUUUGGAAGAUGAAUUUUUGUAUGCGUGUUCCUCCAGUGUCUUUGUAGAAUGUAUGCACUAAACUUUUAACGAGCUCUAUUAAUGUAAACACACAAUAUUGUUACUAUUACCAAGAUUAUGAAAUUGCAGAUAUAUUUAAUAAUGAAUGUACUGUUUGAGGUACAUUAAACUCAGGUAUUGAGUUAUUUUAUGAAAAAUAAAAAUAACUUCAGAGGUCUGUCGUGAGAUGUGAGGUGAUGCACGUCCACUCAGCCGUGGACUAACCUGACCAGCAGAGAGGAAAUACAGGCAUGCUGCUGCUUCUCGUCACAUACGCCUCCUCAGAUUGCACGUUUUUAAAGCUGUUUUUAUUCAGAAAGACAGAUAAUCCAAUCAAUUUACAGGCAAGUUACUCUUCCAAUCAGUCUUUUGCUAUUCAGUGAGAAAGAAGAUGCAGUGACAUUUGGCAUCAGUACACUUUUGUCUGUGCAAGGACAGGAUAGAUUACAUGAAAUGCUGUAACAUAUUUAUAUUUUGUGAUGUUUGUGUGCGUGUUCUGAAAGUGUGUGAAUGUGUUAAAUAUACAUCUUUAAAGUGAAA